UGUCACUCGGCGGCCUGCAGACAGGUCUUGGAAGAUGAAUUCAGGCGUCGAGGCUGCUGCUGGGCGAUCUAGAAUAAUUCCUGGAUUUUCUGAGCCCUUCCCGCCUGACCUGCCUCCGAUGAAUACGGGACGAGGUACCCGCGCUCAGUCCGCACUCUCCCCCAAGGUACAUCGAAGAUCAACAGAACUUCACCACUAUCAGCACGAGUGUCCCACGGCGACGGCGCCCUUGGCUGGCCUCGAACAGUUAGACGUCAACGAGCUGUGACUAUAGUCGAACUUCGAACCCGACGCCCGCAUCGUCGAGCGGCAGUCAUCCGUUCUUCCGUCCCCAAAGUCCACGGGCUCUGCAUCGCCGUGGCGGCCACCGACGUUUGACCUUCCU